CCGCGAUAUCGACUAAAGAUUGCAUAAGGUAUACAUAGCCCCAUUGUAAUGUGAUGGGUGGUUGAGUGUUACCACUGUUGCGCCAUCUAUGUAAACCUAGUACCUAAGGUAAACUGAUCAUUGAUAAAGUCGAGAAAGACUAAACCGCCUAGCUUCGCUGAUUAUUAUUUCUCUCGCUUUCCGUCGAUGAACUUGACAUUUGAUAUUUUUUGCCUUUUGAGGCGGUAGACGUCUCGAAACCGCUGUGCUAUCGAAACUCAAGGAAUCAUAAUACGGACGCCCCAUAACUCUCAGAUCAUAUAUAUACCUAUAUAUAUCAAAUCGUCAACAGCUAACGUCGUCAUUAUAUCAUUAUGGCAUUAGGUAGAUGGACGUUUCCCACCAGUAGGAAGCCUUCUUCUACCAGUUCCGGCGGCAAUCACUCAAACGGCACUACAACACCAACCGACAACGAAACCCAAGAUCCCUCAAAAUCACAAUCUCGCCUACUACGAACCCUGACCGGAGGCUUCAGGUCCCACAAGCCUAAGAAGUCGGAAGAGCGCGACGAGUUUGCUCAUUUGAAUAAGCUGUUCACCCAACAGAAUUUAGAAUAUCAGAAGAUACUGAAUACCUUCAAAUGGAAGUUUGGGAAGAGAAAGUCGAGCCACGGCGAUCGAAGUAGUACGAGCGGUAUCAGCCCGAGCGCUUCGCGGAACACCAGUGUUGACCACAGCCACGUACCUCCGGACUCUGAUCCAAUAGAAACACGUCCUCGAUUCAACAGUGUCUUAAUCCAUGAGUCGCCUGGGGAGGACCCGCGAAGGGAGCAUCAGACAUAUCGAACAGAGGGUAACUAGGCUGCUAGGCUUCUAAUGGUACCGUAGUAGGCGAAGCGGUUUAAUGGGCUACGAUAAUACGAAUGUAAUGAUACCUGGAGAGAUUUGUUCACUGAUUGGCGUUGAGGGAUAAACAGGCAUUAGGAGGAAAGGUUGGAGGCAUCGAUCUCGAUCAGCAUAUUUGCUAAAGAGGGAUAUUUGAUUGUUCUUUACAUGACACACAAAUGCGGUAAUAUGUAUAGGUAGUUACUCGGUGGUAAAUGGUAAAAGUUACAAAACUUUCCAAUAAAGGCCUCAGAAUUUUCAGUGUAAAAUAUAACUCAUUGGAGAUAUCCUCAUAGACUGUGUAAAAUCGUUCAUCAUUGGCCAUAUACAGUUGAAAAAGAAAACCCCGAUAUCGAACCAAAGUCAGGCGCGUCUUAAUGGAACUUUGGAGUAGCUAUUUCCGGUAGCUUGGAAAUAUCGACACUGCUUAGUGCGAGUAUAAUGGUAUGUGUCUAAGUAAGAGGUGAUACUUAAAUGGCGUUGAGAUUGUGUAAAUAUCGUGAACCUCGGGUCUCCUAUCCCGAAUGAAGAACAGGUAAAUACCGAAGUGCGCUGGAUAGCAGUAAUCUCUAGUUUCGUGAAUAUAGGGCGACCUUAGAGCAUAGCAUCAACAUGCAUUGCAGAGAUAGUUGAGUAUUAGAAGAAUGUCACGAUUCUGUAGAGUGGUUUGCAG